AGAACCCUAACAAACCCUCCUCCCCUCCCAUCUCCCACCGCCGCCUCCCUUCCCGCGCCGCCGAAACCCUCCUCUCUCUGAGAAGAAUACCACACACGCGAUGCGGCCACCGAGAGGGCGCGGCGGCGGCGGCCGCUUUGGCGGCGGAGGCGGCAGGGGCGGCGGCGGGGGCCGCUUCGGAGGUGGGGGCCGCUUCGGAGGACGCGGCGGCGGUGGGUUCCGCGACGAGGGGCCGCCUGCCGAGGUCAUUGAGGUUUCGACGUUCCUGCACGCGUGCGAGGGGGACGCGGUGACGAAGCUGACGAACGAGAAGGUGCCCUACUUCAACGCGCCCAUCUACCUCCAGAAUAAGACCCAGAUCGGCAAGGUCGACGAGAUCUUCGGGCCCAUCAACGAAUCAUAUUUCUCUGUCAAGAUGAUGGAAGGGAUCAUUGCGACGUCGUACAAGGAAGGCGACAAGUUUUACAUCGACCCUAUGAAACUGCUGCCUCUGUCACGCUUCCUGCCACAGCCAAAGGGACAAUCUCAAGGAGCACCUAGAGGUGGUGGCCGUGGUGGAAGACGUGGUCGCGGAGGUGGUGGCCGCGGUUCGUUCGGAGGUGGAAGAGGCCCACCAAGGGGCCGUGGUGGGCCUCCAAGGGGUGGAGGUCGUGGUUUUAGAGGGCGAGGCAGAUUCUAGAUCUAGUUUGAGUUUGAUGUUUGUUGAAACAUCAAUUCUAAAUUCCCUCUACCCAGUUGGAAACUUUCAUUUUCUUGUAACCUGAUGUUAAGUUAGCAGAGCACUUGCAACCGUUUGUGUGGAACUCGGAUUGUCUAUUGAAACAAAGGUUUUGUACCUGCUGUUACAAGUUAUGCGCUUAAAGUUAAUCCUUGUUCUGAAUUCAA